AUGCGCGCCUUCCAGGAGCCGGGCAGCUGGAGCCUGUCGUUCGUGGGCGCGGGGUUCCUGGGGCUCUACCACGUGGGCGCGUGCCAGUGCCUGCAGGAGCGCGCCCCGGAGCUGCUCCGCGGCGCCCGGCGCCUCUACGGCUCGUCCUCGGGCGCGCUCAACGCCGUGUCGUUGGUCUGUGGCAAGUCGGCGGAGUUUUGCUGCGAGCGGCUGCUGGGCCUGGUGAAGGAGGUGGAGCGGCUGAGCCUGGGCAUCCUGCACCCCGCCUUCUGGCCCGUGGAGCACAUCCGCCGGGAGCUGGAGCACCACCUGCCCGCCGACGUGCACAUCCGAGCCUCCGAGCGCCUGGGCAUCUCGCUCACACGCUGGCCCGACGGCCAGAACUGCAUCAUCACCCACUUUGCCAGCCGGGAGGAGGUCAUCCAGGCCCUCAUCUGUACCUUGUACGUCCCUUUCUACUGCGGGGUGAUUCCAGCCGAGUUCCGAGGGGAGCGCUACUUUGACGGGGCUCUGAGCAACAACCUGCCCUAUUCGGACUGUGGCCGCACCAUCACUGUGUCCCCCUUCUCCGGCACCGUGGACAUCUGCCCGCAGAGCCUCUCAGCCAGCAUGCACGAGUUCCAGGCCUUCCAGGCCUGCUUCCAGAUCUCCUCCAGGAAUGUCGAGCGGGGCAUCCACGCCCUCCUGCCCCCUAGCCCGGAGGUGGUGGCCGACUGCUGCCGGCAAGGCUAUCUCGACGCUCUGAGGUUCCUGGAGAGACGUGGUCUCACCAAGGAGCCGGUGCUGUGGACCCUGGUGUGUGCGGAGCCCCCGGCCCCGGCUGAGGGGACCCCAGACCCGACGACCGGCCUGUGCAUUGACUGGACGGUGCCCAGCGUGUGGGUGUCGGACGUGCCCGACUUCCAGAAACUGUCCCCGAAGCUGGAGGCUGCGCUGCAGAAAGCCUGCAGGCGGGACCCCGCGCCCUGGGCCCGCUUCUGCCGCUCGGUGCCCGGGCAGGCGCUCACCUACCUGCUGCUACCGUACACGCUGCCGCUGCAGUACAUCUACUUCCGGGGCAAAAGGCUGGUAUUGUGGCUGCCGCAGAUGCCCACUGACCUGCGCUGGAUCCAGGACCAGCUCCGGAGCGCGGCCGCCCUGGCCUGCACCCAGAUGAAGAAACAGCUGCUCGGCCCGGCCAGCCUGCCAGCUGCUGGUCCUCUCCUGCCCGGGUCAGCCCCCGCCGGGGACCACCUGGGCAGGAAUGGAGAGACGGGCCUCAGGCCUGCCCGGCUGUGA